GCCCUCGUCGCUUUCCGACGCACCCUUGCGACCGCCGCGAUACAAGUAUACCGAUCGAAAGAAUACCCAUUGCAUCGGGAUUCAUCGUCGCCCAUCGAUAUCGACCAUAACCCCUGCGCAUUCGAUGAAAACACGUCCGACAUCGUCCGCUGCUCGACCAAACCCUCUCCCAUCAUCCUUUAACCCAUAUAGACAUCAAGACUUGACCACUUACCCUCACACACACUAAUACACAUAUCCUCUUAUCUCCCUGCUUCCCUCUGCUAUUCUGUAGUUGUACCUACUAACCUAUUAACCCCGUUCCUCGUCUUCAUUGCGCCUAUCUGUUGCUUGUAGUAUAGUGUUCGCCAUGCCUUGAUUAUACAAUCGUGUGACGGAGCACAUCCUUUUGGUUUCUAGCCGGUUUCUUUCGGUCGGGGCAAUUGAGUUGGAUGAAGCUAGUCUGGCAUUGCAGUAAACUAGAGGAAAGAGACGUUUCGCUUGCUAUCCCCUGCCCAAGCUGUAUAUCUACUCCCUCCAACGCAUUGCCGUACAGUCUAGACCUGGGUCUAUCGCUCUCGUGACCGUGUCGCGUCGCGUCGCGUCUGUCGGGAUAUAUCUAUUUCGUGCUCCGACUGAUAUAACGCACGUUUGGCUCGAGCGUUCCUUUAUUCUAUACCUCCAAUCUCUGAAUACACCCAUUCUCUCCCAGGAAUAAGAAGAUUAUAAUGUGCACAGUGAUCCUUUCUGUUCUCUCCAAUAUCGCGCUCUAUAACCGACGCACGUUCAUCAGAGUGCUGCGAUUGAUGUCUCGGGAUUGACAGCACCAGGGACAGCAAUCCAAGAAGCUUUCGCUAUUAAUAUUCAUAUCCUGAUAAAUACUCACGACCUCUGAUGGUGGGAUGUUCGUCGAAGCCCUCUUCUCUCCGGCCUUCACUCUUUACGACAACUCUAUGAAGUUGAUGGUGAGACUGCUGACGGGCCUUGUGCCCUUUGCAGGAGUAGUUGCUUCAGCAGCGUCUGAUCCUAGGCCAAAUACUGCUCUGGGUCCGUCUGCGUUUACUGCACCCGGUGCCUUCCCAACGUCGGUGUUUUCGCAUUAUUACAACUCGCCCACUGCUACUUCGGCCCAGGUUCAACCCAUCAUAUCUGAUCCAGUCGAGCACAAAGUAUACUCUUUAUCUUUAACAAACCCUGAUACCAUUCCCAAGAAUGAUACCAAGGACCCACAUCCUCUUCCACCCAAAGCGUCUUCCUCGCUCCUUCUAGCACAUGCAAUCGACCAAGUCCUUUCCAUCGCGUCCAACCCAAUCUUCGGUUCUGACACGUGUGCGAAAUGUCAAGCUGCUCUCGAAGUCGGCAAAUUCCUCGCCAUGGCCGCACCUGACCAAGGACCCGCUCUAGCUGUAGCACUAUGCAAUCAUUUCAAGUUCAAUAGUGAUUGUGCGACAGAGUUCGGGUUGCUUGCUUUGGGGAGUGUCAUUACCCAGGUUGUGGCGAAUGCGGACGUUGGAGGGUUUGACGGGCAGAUGCUCUGUCAGAACUUUCUAGGUCUUUGUCCUCUUCCCCCGACCACCUCACUGAACUUGACUGGUUGGUUUGCGAAACUUAAACCCAGCCCUUUGCCAGCGCCCAAGAAACCGAGCGGGAAAAGGUUGAAAGUCCUGCAUGCCUCAGACCUGCAUAUUGAUCCUCGUUAUGCGACUGGCUCCGAAGCAAACUGUACCUCCGGUCUCUGCUGUCGCGAGAAUAACCAUAAUGCUCAGAGUCUUAACCAAACUGUGUUGGCCGCUCCGCGAUUUGGCUGGUUCCAAUGCGAUUCGCCGUAUUCGCUUGUACUUGCCGCGCUUCAGGCCAUCCCAGUACUUACCGGUACAGAACGUUCUGGAUUCGACUUUACAGUGUACACUGGAGAUCUGGUAUCGCACGAUUCUGAUAAUCAGCUUUCGAGGGACUACGUUAUGUAUACCGAGACGGUUAUCUACGAUUUGUUCAAGAGACUACUUGGUUCUGGUCCUGUGUAUGCUACAUUGGGAAAUCACGACAGUUACAACCAGGCUCAAGAUGCGCCCCAUACCCUUGGUGGAGCUCUGGCUGACCAAUUCAGCUGGAAUUAUGAUCACGUCGCGGCACUCUGGAAACAUGAGAACUGGCUCCCAGAGUCAGCUGUCCAACUCGCUCGGGCUCAUUACGCUGCUUACAUGGUCCAGAGGAAAGACGGACUGAGGAUUAUUUCAUUAAACACUGACAUGUGGUAUCGCGCGAACUACUUUAACUACAUCAACCUAUCCCAUCCUGAUACUUCAGGCAUGCUAAGGUUCUUGACAGACGAGUUGCAAGAGGCGGAGGAUGCAGGUGAACGAGCUUGGAUCAUCGGACAUGUGCUGAGCGGAUGGGACGGUACGAACCCGUUGUUGAACCCUACUGACUUGUUCUAUCAAAUUGUUGAUCGGUUCUCACCCCAUGUUAUCGCUGGUAUUUUCUGGGGACAUACUCACGAAGACCAGCUUUCCAUCUUCUACGCUAACAAUGCUACGACCAUCAAUGCUCAGACUGCUCAAUCCGUUGCUUGGAUUGGUCCGUCUAUUACGCCACUCAACAACUUGAAUUCUGGUUUCCGGUUGUAUGAGGUCGAUUCUUCAACAUUUGAAAUCCUCGAUGCCCACACAUGGAAGAGCGACGUCAAUGCCUUUGGUGCGCUUGAUUCCCAACUCCAAUUUGGACCUACAUACGUGUACGAGUACAGCACUCGCGCAGCGUACGGUGCCAAUGUCACCGGAUGGGGUCUGAAUGAUCCCCUGAAUGCAACUUGGUGGCAUCUCGUCACUGAACAAAUGGAAGCUAACCAUGACCUGGUCACCACCUUCAACACGUUCCAAGGCAAGACCUCCGCCCGCACCAAACCCUGCACAGGCGAUUGUGCGGUCGCCAAGAUUUGUUACAUUAGGAGUGGAAGUGCGAGUCUUGGGAGGCAGAACUGUCAGCAAGGGUUUGGCUCGGUCCAGAGCUAGAAUCAAUGUACAGUGUACACGUUGUGCUCUUGCUUCUCUGCUAAUUUUGAUGAGGAACAUGAGAUCAGUUCUCUUUC